AUGAGGGGAACAAGCCUGGUUUUAGCUGCUGUCACUGCCAUCCCGGCUACAGCACUCUCACCAUGGCGCCGCGCCGCGAGUGACAUCACGGUUGAUCUCACCAAAACGUAUCAGACAAUGGACGGUUUUGGGUGUUCUUUCGCUUUCCAGAGGGCUAACCUAAUCACGAAUAUGUCCGACAAGACGAAGCAGCGCCAGCUUCUCGACCUGCUCUUCAAUACGACGACCGGCGCCGGGCUGUCCAUUGUCCGGAACGGUAUCGGCUCUUCGCCAGAUAGCAGCAGCGACCAUAUGAAUACUUUCGCGCCAAAGAACCCAGGGGGCCCCAAGGCGGCACCACAGGACACGUGGGAUGGCAAGGACUCUGGCCAGUUAUUUGUCAGCCAGGAGGCCUAUAAGACUUACGGCGUGAGGACGAUCUACGGAGACGCCUGGAGCGCGCCGGGCUACAUGAAGAGUAACGGCAAUGAAAACAACGGCGGUACGCUCUGCGGCGUUUCCGGCACGAACUGCCAGAGCGGCGACUGGAGACAAGCUUAUGCAGAUUACCUGGUACGAUACGUCAAAUACUAUGCCGAUGCAGGUGUGCCAGUGACGCACAUCGGCUUCCUCAAUGAACCAGAAUUCGCAGCAAGCUACGCAUCAAUGUCAUCGAAUGGUGCGCAAGCUGCCGACAUGGUCAAAGUGCUAUCUUCCACGCUAAACGCAGCAAACCUGUCCUCCCAGGUUGGCAUCGCGUGCUGUGAGUCCGAAGGCUGGGGAAACCAGGUGAACAUGCUCAACGCAAUCAAGUCGGCCGGCGCCGAGUCUCUGCUCAAGACCGUAACGUCGCAUACAUACACUGGUGGGUCGUCGGGUCCGAUGAACACAAAGCUCCCAGUCUGGCUUUCAGAGCAGUGCGACCUCAACGGCCAAUGGACUACUUCUUGGUACGGCAGCGGAGGUGCUGGUGAGGGACUGACCUGGGCCAACAACAUCUACAGCGCCGUGGUCAAUACCCAGGUUUCUGGCUACCUGUACUGGGAAGGCGUGCAGUGGCCGGACCCGAACACGAAUGAGAAGAUGAUCAAGGUAGCUAAGUCAGCACCUUACGAUUAUGAAGUCUCCAAGAGGCUAUGGGCCUUUGCGAACUGGAGCCGCUUCGUCCGACCUGGUGCCGUAAGGGUUGGAAGUAGUGGUGGAAGCGGAGUGAAAAGCGCGGCAUUCAAGAACGUGGAUGGCAGCAUAGCAGUCGUGGUUAUCAGUACUGGAGGCUCGGCGAGUGCUGUCAAUAUCAAGGUCGCAGGGGUAACGCCGACGGUGGCCUCAGCCUGGGUGACAGACGCCACACACAACUGUGCCGCGGCAAAUGUUACUGUAGCUGAUGGGGCAGUCGCGGGAAAUGUUGCAGCUAGGUCGAUCACGACAUUCUUCAUUACCUCACAGGCCGGCGCAGCGAUAUAG